GUGAGGUUUUCGAUGGGAAAAAUGAAAGAGACAUGAGCUUUAUAGGCAGAAGUGAAGGUCGCCGUGUGCGCUCUGAACGUGACUACCAUGGUAUCCUCUGCAGACUGAACCAAGGUUGGCCAACUGGUCGACCCACCGCGCCGAAGCCUUCUCUACAAAUGCCCGAUGCAGCAUUCCCUACCCAAUACCCGAUGCAUCCAUACUGCACAAAAAUAUUUGCCACGGCGAAGGAAAGGGGGCUCAUAGAAUCUGGGAGUCGAGCACUCGUAUGUUUAGUGUUGCAGUGUGAAGCAUACCUACGCCGGUGGCUUCGUACUUCAAUGAUCCAGAUUGGGCGGAGGACUGCAGGGACGCUGUUUGCCUAUUGUUUGAUCCAUGGACGGACGGGUGCUCUGAUUCGGAUAUCUGAUGGUUCAGCUGUCCAAUAUCUAUGGUUGUCUUUCCUCGCCAAAUUUGAAGUAAUCACCUUUCCUCUACCCAAUAAGAAAACUGCGAUAGAACUGUGCAUUCCACACUAGCAUGACCUCCCUCCGUCCUACUCCAUUUUCUGUCGCUUAGCGUCCUUCUCAUUCUUCGCGUCCUCUCAUCAUCCUACUUUCUCUCUUCCGCUCUUUCGCUUCUUGAGCUCCACCAUCCGCUUGCCGAACUCGUUCUUGGCCUCCUUCUUCUCCAUAGUAUUCUUCCUCGUCUUUUGCAGGGUGUCGCUCCUCC